GGGAGGCAAAAUCCGACUCACACGUCCUCGUCGUGCCUCCUGGAUCAUGGGACUGAUUCCAUGAACUAACGUGAGCGGUAACCCGGGUGGUGGAGAUCGGGCUAAUCACCCUCUCUACCUAUACCUACCCCUGAUUACGAAAGCUACAAAGAAUCAUUGCACAAUUAUACCUGGAUGAAAAAGAAAAAAAUGCCCAAAAUUACCAAAAACUUAAAAUUGGUUUAUGGAAUGUCCGGGGUUGUUCACAAGAGAGCAAACUCCAAGAGAUAGCAGAGCAAAUAGCUGAACGCAAGUACCACAUAGCAGUGAUCACGGAAACUAGAAUGACCUCUAAAAUUAUUGAUAUGGAUAACAACGGAUUAAGCUUUUAUAACUCUAACCCAGACAUUAAUGACUACCGAAAUACUGGUGUUGGUUUUCUGGUAAAUGACCAAUCUAUGAUAACUACCACCGAUUUUGAAGAGGUAGAUGGCAGAAUAGCUAUCAUUAAAAUACACAGUAAGGCUACCAAGCAGACUAUUAACCUUAUCGGUUGCUACGCCCCAACCGAAUCUUCUAAUGAUGAAGUUAGUAAAGAAAAAUUCUAUCUUAAGCUAAAAGACACAAUUAAAAAGCUUAAACUAAAUAAACUUCCUAUACUCAUCCUGGGAGACUAUAAUUGCAGGCUAAGCCAGGACCUUCAUACCUACUACCCUAACAUUAUAGGGAAAGCUAUUAAACUUGAAACUGAGACAUCAGAAAUUGGCAUGAAACUAAUAAACCUAUGUAAAACUUUAAACCUGAGAGUAAUGAACUCGUUCAUCACUAAACCAGAACGCAGGACCCACACCUGGGUACAUCCGAAGACCCAAAUGGGACAUAUCAUAGAUCUAGUGAUAACAGAAAAUAAUUCAAAACUACUGGUCUGUGAUAUUCAUAACAGCUGUUCUAUGGAAGCAAACACAGAUCACUAUAUGAUCACAACCAUACUGAAACUAAAGUAUCUAAAUAAUAAUAAGACUUCUAAUGAUAAAAGUAAACCCAAAAGAAAACAGAGUAAGGCGAUUCACGCCUUGACUCCAGACUACCCGAAGAUACUAAAUACCUUACUCCAAAAUAAAUGCCAACUAAACCAAGUAGAAAGAGCCAUAACUCAAGCAGCUAACAAAGCUGCUAUCCCAUAUAAGUCGGCCACCAAGAGAUGGCAAUAUAACAUAAGCAAUCUAUUAAUAGACGAAAUUAAACAUAGAAGACAAUUAAGACUAAAGUGGCUAAAUAACCCUACAGCUGCUAAUAAAAGCCUUUAUAUGCAAGCUAGUAAAAUAGUGAAUAAUAAGAUUAAACUAGCUAAAGACCAGUAUAUCAAAGAUAAAAUGAAUGAGAUGAACACAUACUUUAAAAAGCAUGACCUGCACUUAGCAUACAAAAUGGUAGAUGAUAUACUGGCUACUAUACGAAACCACUCAUACAAAGCUAAAAGAGCUCAUCAAAUUAAAGAUAGUGAUCUCCAAUAUCACUACCAAAACCUAUUCAAUGCUAAACUAAACCAAGAUAAUAUCCAAUUGCCGGUAAAAACCACCAACGACUCUGAACUUACUAUAAAUGAAAUAAAUCAAAGUUUAAAAAAAUGAAAAA